GGCCAUGUUGCUCCGAGAUGGCGUGCUGGUGUGGGUCGAUUUGCUGCGCGGCAUGUUGGUGUGUGACAUACUUCAAGAACGAGAACCCCUUCGUGCGCGCUACAUCCCAUUGCCUGAGCCAUUGCCUAGAAACAGAGAAGAAAUUUUGAAGCAGUUAAUCCCGGGAGCUGGCGUCAGGCGUAUUCGGGAUGUCGCCUAUGUCGAUGGUCUGAUCAAGUUUGUUGAGAUGGAACACCGCGUCACUGUAACAGAGAUUGUAGAGGUUCCUCCUGAAAAGCCGUCUGACCCCAGGGACAAGACUGUCCUCUAUGAUUCUGACUUGAUCAUGCUCUACAAGCGUAAACAUGUGGACAACAUACCCAAGACGCUGCGCACAAUGAAUGGUUGGAGUGCCAUGACAUGGACUAGGGAGAUUGGGUCUGACUGUUGGCUCAAGGGAGUCAUUGUUGAUGUUGAUGACAUUUUGGUCGAUGACUCCGCGUUUUCGGCCUUACUGUCUGGCCAAAGGAAUGAAUCCGCUGGGAGCUUGACAUUCAAGAACAUGUACUCGGCUUGCUCCAUCCUGAGUACAGAUGGUAAUGAUAUCCUUUACCUCAAGUUAUCCAGGAAAUGGAGUGAUCGAUCUGGAUGGGUGGUUGCUGUUGACCUUGAAGAGAAUACACUGAAAGUGGAAGCACCUGGGGCGCACCCAUUUGGAAGAUAUUCUCCUUCGUGGCAAACAUUCCUUCCCUGCGCAUUGGUGAACCAUCUAAAAAUGACUCCUGGCAUUAAAGUCUCAGCAAUUCAAACCGCACAGACAAGCAGCUCUGCGAAUGAGCCAAAUAAUGCAGCUAUCUGUGUCGGUGAGCCUGAUUCCUAUGAAUCUGAAAACAAACGUCCAAGGCUAUUGGCUGAGAAAGCCAACCAUGCACAAGAUUUAGCUCAGAGUACUGUACGGAAUGUUCAUAGCUCACAGGCCUGUCCUGAUCAAAACAAUAUGCCUCCACAACCAUGCUUCAACAGAUGGGAGGCGCCUGGCUACCGUGGGUACUCAUCAUGCCCCCCUCAAAACAAUCCGCCGCUGCCACAAUGUUUCAACAAGUUCACUGGACCCUGCAACCCUGUGUGUGCACCGUCGGCCCCUGCCCCUAACAUACGUAGCUACGACAAUUAUCAUUCGCUGUGGCAGCACCCACUGCUACCGGAGCAGCAGAUGGCACCUAGCAGGGCAUUUGGACCUCAUGUGGCACCCCAUCCAUACUUCAACAACUGGCGUGGAGCCAGACACCAUGGGAAUUCACAGCAACACCCUGCCAGUAACUCAUAUUACUAUGGUGCGCACUCAGGCAGUGGCAACCAAGGAUUUGGAUUUGGUUACCGUCCGAUUUACUACGAUUACCGAUACUAACCACGUUUACUGACCCCCUCCGGUAAAGCACUCUGCCACCCUUACUGUCUGAAAAAUUCCAAGUUAAUUUUGAAUUGGAGGUAUAUAUAAUUAACUGCCGUAUUCAGUAUAUAUCACGGGUUCGACUCCUAGAAGCAUCACUACUGCAAUUGCUGUGUUAGUGUAUGUAUAUAGGUUUCUACCUCUUUUGUCAUUUAAAAUAUAUAUUCAAAUUUCAGCUUCCCCCUAUUCAGUUGCAGCUUCCCUGUAAACACUUAGUGGUGUUUGACCUCGUGCCGUAAGACAUCGAGGUAUGUUCCAAACUGAAAUUUAGAUGUGGUUGCACGCAGUGGCGGAGCUACAGCAGCUUUGCUGGGCGGGCCAGUAGGAAGAACACUCCAAUACUUUUGCACUCAUGUCCGAGUCUACCCUCACUCCUCUGCUGCAUUUGCCAUGUGCUGGGCGGGCCACGGCCACUUUUAGCUACACGUAGCUCCGCCAGUGGCUGCACGGUUGGCCUUUAUGUACGAAAAUAUUAGCCUCACAUAGUUAGAUACUGUACACCGAAACGUAAGUAAAGCUGUCCUGCAUUAGUAUUCACGGGUGUGAAAUAUGAAAAAACAGCAGCUGUUUUUCUGAAGUGUGAACUCAUCAGAAUGGCGCUUAACCUCUUAAAGAGGUACUUUGAAAGAAGCGAAUGUUUGAUAAAGGUGUGGUAAGGGUCAGAGGGUGAUGAAGGGUGGCGGCUCCUUGAAGAUGGAAUAAAGUUCUCCCCGCCUAGCCGUCGCCCUGGUGGUGCGUGUAGCAUCGUUGGAGGGCAUGUGAAGCUGUGUCUCCGGUGUAUCUUGCCGGAUUCAGGCUGUAUUUUUCUUCGCUCGUCUAAGUUUCUGUGUUUACAUGUUGGAUCCUUCCAAUCUAAUCUUCUCUUCAUCGGUGACGGUUACUAUUCUGGCGUGCUGGUCAUGUGGGGCCUUAGCACGACGACUUGACGACUUUCCAACUGUAUACUACAAUGAAGUUUGCCUGGCUCCGAUGAGGGAGGGGCGAUAACUGCGGCACACUGUCAGCUCACUCCAGUGAUUGUAGUCGCUAUUGGAUAGAAGGUGUACGGGCUUGGAUGUAAUUUAUGUUCUUUGUACUACCAAAUAGUUGAUGAAUAGAUUGAAAGUUCUUUUCCCCAAAAAAGCCAUCCAUUGCAUGGUCGUUGUGGCCUUGUGGGUAUGUUACAUCCGGGAUAUUUAUUGUACCUUUAUUUCCCGGGGUACUCCUGUUGCCUACCGGAAUAUAUGGCCCAUUAGAUCAAGGUUGGAGCGACGGUUAAUAUUCAUUUGUCCCUACCAGAAAACUCAUUGCGUGCAAGUUGAGUAGCUACACGUUGGUUUUAGAGAAAAAUAUAUUUUUCGUCUCUCAAGUUCCAAAAAGUGCAGACUUCGUCCUUCAACUUUAUUGGUCUACUUUUGGUCCCUCAAGUUUCAAAACCGGUCAAGUUUCGUCUGAAUUCCGGUUUCGCUAGAAAAUAGGACACAUGGCGUGGUAUUCUCUCUCCCCUCACUUGCCACGCCCGACCUGCCGUUGGGUCAAACAGACAGCCCGCGCGACGCCGUCUUCACUCUCCACCUCGCGCUCUUCUCUUCCUCUUCUCUCUCUCUGUCCCGACCUCACCGUCGCUUUGCCCGGCGUCGUCGCCUUGCUCACCGCCAGCGCCUUGUUCCCCUUCGCUGCCGGCGCCAUGCGAACUCGCGAGGAGAUCCUUGGGUGGAUGAGUGAGGACAGAAGCAGUUGUGCUCCUACACAGGUCUAUAUGCCUGAGGAACUGAUAUCUGGCAAAGUGCCACUCGCAAUCGAAGAUCCAGAGUUUUGCGGCAUUGAAACGGAGAGCAAUUUUAGUUGUUUUUGUGGAUUUUUGCCGGUGAGAAAGGUUGCUUAUGAAGGUGUGAACACUGGCAGAAGGUUCAUUUGUUGCAUGCGGGAGGAUGAACAAGCAUGCGAUUUUCUGAUGUGGUAUGAUCCUGAAUGGCCUGCACCAGCGCAAAGAUCUAUGAAUGCACUUUAUGCAGAUAAGUUGAAGGCUGAAGAUUGUAAGAUGAAUUGGAGCUCAUGUUGGCCGAUAAGAUAUCUGACAUGGAAGAAAAAGAGAAGAAAAGGCAACAGAAGAUGAUAUCCAAGACGAAGGCAAUGAAGAUGGAGCUAAACAAGAAGGAUCUGUUUAUCUGGGUGUUAGUUGGUAGCAAUAUAGCUUUAUUUGCAGUGCUAGCUGUGCUUAUUGGACUGAAAAUGUAAUGUUUUUGUAAGUUGCACUCCUAGCUGUUGCCAAGAACUGAAUGUAAUAGGCUAAGAUGCUAUGUAUGUUAGUUUGUUGUGCUUAUAAGCACUGACCAAUUGUACCUAUUUCAAUUGACAUUAUAAGCACUGAAUUAUUCUGUACUAAAUUGUGCUCUAUGUUGUACA